GCCCGCCCAAUACCGUCCCAUUCCCCUACUCCAAGCUCUAGGUAGGCGAAGCUUCCCCCCAAAUAUCUAGGGCAAAUGCAUACAUUCCUCUUAUAGUCUUAAAAUCUCUCCUUUUUUCUUCAAUUCUACCAUUAAUAUUUCCUCAGGCAACAAUUGAUCUGCGCUCUGCAAAGGUUUGAUUUUUCUUUUCUUUUCUUUUGCUGUAAUUGUGAGUAUUUUGAACUGAUUUUGUACUUCAUUUUCUCACUGAGUAUCAAAUUGUCUCAUGUUUUAAUAGUUCUAAUUUGAUGUUCUGUUUCAUCAUUUCUUUGAAUUUGGCAUAUGUUGUUAAUUUAGGGUUCAAUUAGAACCAAGAAACACUGAGUUAGAAUUAAAAUUGGUCAGCUAUCCUAAUCAAGUAGAGUGAAGAACUUUUAGGGUUUUAAUUUCAUAAAUUUUGCAUCUUUCUUAAAUUGUGUGCUAAAUAGUAAGUAUGUCUAAGCAGCCACUCAUCAAUUUUUAUUUCCACAGCAUCUUGAAUCUUGAUUUCCAUGUAUUUUUGUUGAGCGAAACCGAAUUCAUGAUCUCUAUAGAAGUGUAGUGCACAAGCUAAACGUGUUUACGUCUUCUGAUUUCACAUCGGUAAAGAAAGCUCUUCGCACUUGGCUGUCUUAGUUACUAGUCUUCCAACUAAAAGUAUUCGUCCAGUAAUUAAAAUUCCUAGAGAGUUCUUAUCAUUUCAAUACUAAACACUUUAGUAUUGCCUCUGACGGAAAACAGUGAGGAAAAUUUGUGGUACUGAUCGACUGACUAACAGCCAUAAGGUGUGAGUCUAGCUGAUUUAGACAGUAGAACUAAGAAACCUGAUACUAGGAUACCCUGCGCUACCCAAAUUAGAUCUUUCGAAAUUGUCGAUUAGGCAAUUUCCGACAUGACACGAUAGCUGACUUCCCAAGAACUAGUUAAGUAGCUAGAGUUAAAGUAUCCACUGCACUAAGUUUUAUAAACAGGAUCAUUCAGAAACUCGAUGUAUUGCACGGCAUAGUGUUGUGCACGUGUGUUAGUAUAUGCAGACUAGAUUUUAAUCGUCAAAUUAAAAUUGCUUGUUGGAUGUUUACCUUUUCCAGGUUACCUCAAUGUAAGUUUGUUUUUACUAACAGAUUUUUUAUAACCAGCAGAUAGAAUUGGUAGUUUUUUGCACUUUAUUGGCGAUUUGAGUUUCAAUAUUCUAAUUUCUUACUAAAGUUCCAAAUUUCUAAUUGUUGCUUCUUUAAGGUUUAAGAUCGCUGCGUAAUUCCCUCUCCAUGGAUUCACCAUCAUCUGAAUUCGUUUGGAUAAUUGAGAACUUUUCUAGCUUGAAUGACAAAGAAUUUCAUUAUUCUGAUUAUUUUUUAGCAGGUGGUUGUACAUGGUCGAUAAGGAUUCACUCCAAGGGUCGCACAAUCGGAAAACACUUUUCGAUGUACCUUAUGUUUAAGGGUCUGGAUGAUAAAUCUUAUAAUACAAAGUUCAGCUUAUCCAUUUUUAAUCAGAAAGAUCACCAGAAAACAGUGAGACAAAGUGGGCAAUAUACAUUCACUCGUAACACAGGCAGUGGGUUUUCAUCAGUCUUGCUCCUUCCUGAUCUACAUGACCCUGCUAAAGGGUUUAUUGUAGAGGACAGUUGUAUAAUUCAAGCUGAGAUUACUUUUGUUAAGUCUGAUGCUUUUAAUGUGGAGGUGCCUUUAAGUACUGCUGGGAAACCCUUUGAAGGAGACAACGCAGUUGUAUUCUAUGAUAACAAUUUUGAAAUUGUCGGAAACUUCAGUGUUUUGAAAAAACCAGCAUCUUUGUAUAGAAAGAUUUGGCUGAAAUAUGGCCAUAUAGCUUCGACGAAAGUUUUUCCAGCCUCGUCAUACAAUAGCUUAGUCACUACGGUUGCCGAUAUUAUGAAUUCUGUUAUUGAUAUGUAUCAUUGCCGUCUUAUUGAAGUAUCUGCUGAAAUGAUUGGUGCAUGGGAAAAUAAAAUAAAAUUUGCCGAGGAGCUUCAGUUUAAUGUUAAAUGGCUUAGAGGCCGUUUCAAUGAUGUAAAAAGGGAUUUCAACAAUGGACGGAUUGAAAAACUUAUGAAGGAAGCAGAACAAAACCCAGGACCUUCACAGCCCCCGAAAGUGAAGGUGGAGAAUGAAGUAGUUGACGAGUUCAAAGAGAUCUGCUUGCCAGGCUUUUUGUUUGAAGGGAUGUUAUGAACCAGUCAACUGGGUGAGGUAAACUUUUACUUCCAACCAUAAAGAAACUGAUAUUGUCAUUUGGUAGCUAGAAAAAAAAUCUGAAUUUAAGUGUUGUAGGAAAAUUAGUGUCUCGAUCUCUGACAUACGAAGGAUGUGCUUUUUGUCAAUGACUGCAAAAGUAUUUUGAAUCUUGUUAAUAGUCAGAUUAAGUCACCAGCCACUGUCUGGAGUUUAAAAA